UUAAAUUGUUUCAAUCGCUGUUAAAAUUUUACAAAAAUUACGGAUGCAUAAUUAAUUUGUUUGCAUAAAACCUUUGAUGUUUUAAAAAAAAAAUUAUAACAAUUUACAAAACCAUUGAUUUAAAAAAAAAUGUUAUUACAAAUUUGAAACAUCAAGCUUAUAUUAAAUUGUGAAUUAUUCAAAACAAUCGCACUUACGAUGGACUCAAAGAUUAUAAGAAAGAAAAAAACAUCUUUUAAAGAUAAUGUUAUAAAGAUUCGUGAGAUUAUGCAAGGUGCUUUAGGCAGUAACUUUGUACCCGAUGACAAUCUUUGGAUUCAUAUUUUUCGUCAAGAAAGACUGUCGCGAUGUUUAAAUGGAAACUUAAACGCAACAUCUGAUUUCGAAGUUUUAACCCAAGCUAUUCUUGAACAGUUAGUUGAUCAUGAAAUGAAAAUGCAAUCAGAUGAUCACUCACCGAUGAAAAAACAUAAUUCAGACAGUAAAAUGCCAACUCCCCCUGUAGACAUUAUAAUUGCUAUUUUACAAUUAAAAAACUCGUUACUUAAAUUAAGUCCUGGUCUUUAUAAUGAUAUUGGCGCAAAAUUAGAUUUUCUAUUAGUAGACAAAAGAGCAGCAUGUAAAACGUACAGCAAUUUUUCUGAAGCAAUGUUUGAGAAAUGCAUCAGUUGGCCUUUGAUCGUUUCUUUUUUACUAUUUUCCGCAAACCUUGCCGCUGAAUGCAUUAAAAAUGGUCGUCAUAAGUUAGUGCGCAACAUUUAUGAUUGGGCCACACUAUUUACCACAUUAAAGUUAAAAGGAUGGAUAAUAGAAAACGGUGGAUGGGAAGGACUUGCAUCAUUCGCAAAACAGGAUCGCAAAAAACCUAAAAGGAAAUAUGUAAUAUUAGACAUUGGUAACUUUUUUAACCAUCCGCUUUCUAUUAAAACUUUAUCCGUAUUAAUUUGGAUUCCGAUUUUGAUUCUUCUUUUUGCGUGGUUGGUUAACUCGCAAGUAAAAAAUAAAUACUUCAAAUCAAUAUUUAAACAAACUGAAAACAAAGAUUUUCAAAAUUUUGUGAGUAAUGAACUCUGAUGUCAGAAUGAUAUAAAUAGUGUCAAAAUGAUGUCAUCGCUACACAAUCAAAUCCAAAUAAAUUUUCAGCGAUUUCAAAUAUGUUAACAAUAGCUUCGGUUAAAAAGAUGAAUUGAACGAACAAACCUCUGAAGUUAUAAACAGAUAAGUUUUUGUUAUUACAUUACUUCAAAAAUUUAAACAAACAUUUUUUUCAUUAUCGCAAAACCUCCGACGUAAAGUAUUGUAACUCUGUCAAAAGUUGGAUUUGAAAUUUAUUUGUAAAUCAAAGAAUAAUUUAGAAUUAUUUUUUUAUUUAUUUGGUCAGGUUAAGAGAUUAGAAUUAAAGUUUCUGUAGCUCGAAAAUUUUAAAAUGACGUGUUAAAUCCCAGAAGAAAAAUUUCUACAGAACUCUUUGAGAAUUAUUUUAUUUAUAUAAAAAUCAUUGAAGUCUAUAGAUCUUUCAUAAUCUAAUUUUUAUAAUUUCAUUAGAAAUUGUAUUAAAAAUCUGUAAAAUUUUUACUUUUAAAGUUAAUAUAGAAAUUUUAUAGAAUAAUUGAAAUAAAUAUUUAUACAAAUUUCAUAAAAUAUCUGUUUUUUGUUGUUCUGUAUCA